UGUGGAUAUUUAUUGAGAGCUGAAUUCUGUUGAAUAGAUUCCAUUGAGUUUGUCUUCUCGACUGGCAGCUUCAUCAGGGUUAGGUCUGUGAGGGUACUUUGUUAGACGAGAAAUAGUUGACUCCUUGAUUCCGCUCGGGGAGAGGCAGGUUCUCCGCUGCGAGAGACCACGAAACAACGAAGUUGGUGUCAAAUUCGUUCCUGUUUGAGACGGCAUUUCUUUCGCUGGCUGCGAAGUGCAAAAAGCUUCCUCGUUUAUUUUUAAACAAAAUUUCCACAAUGAGGCCGGGGUUAGUUUUCCUGCUGGUUUGUCUGAGCGUUUUUUUGCUGGAAUUCGUGGAAUGCCAGGAUGUAACAGCUGCCAAAAGUAAAAAGCGAAAUGCUGACAAGAAAGGUAAACUGACCAACAAAAAGCACAAGAGCAAGCCGAAAGUGAAGAAGGUGACGGUUAAGAAACCCGCACGGUUUGGCAUCAUGACCCAACUACUGGAGAAAGGCAGGUUUCAGAAACCAUCCGAUUCUUUGGUAAUUCCUGCAGGAGAGACGCUCGUGCUACGCUGCAGGGGCGACUACAUUAGCUGGACCUAUCCCAUUUAUCUAGACGAGGAAAACGAUGGCAGAUUCAGCAUUAGCCAUCGGGAAAGAUUUAGCCAGCUGACAGUAGCGAACAGCACAGGAGCUGAUACGGGUGAAUACAGCUGCUGGGCGUUGGACUGUGACUCUGAGACCUGCAGAAAGGAUGACUCCAAAACGGGCAGCACUUACGUCUUCUUCUCUGAUCCACGUGAAUUGUUUGUACCAGCGAAUGAUUACUAUGAAGCUAUUCAGCUUCGCACUGACAGGCCCACACGGUUGCCGUGCCAAGUGACAAACCCUCUUGCCAAAGUGUCUCUACACCGAGAGUUCCCCCCGGAGGUGAUUCCAGUGGAUGGGAGAUUAAUCACGUUUGAUGUCAAGAAAGGUUUUAUUGUCCAUAAGGCUCUCCCAUUGUUUGGUGGCACACUGUACUGUGUGGCAAGCUAUCAGGGUCUAAUGCAAAGUUCUACAAAGUACCUGCUGAUAUUUAUCAAUUACCCGUCUGCACCUCCAUCAACUACAAUCAAAGCCUCGUCUAGCUCUGUCCUUGCAGGUGCUAACUUCAACUUAACAUGUACAGUUGUUGGAGAAACUAACAUAGAGGUGGACUUCACUUGGGAGUUCCCUGGCCAGCAGCUGGGGAGACCAACCUAUACUGUGGAGAGCCAGCACCCAGUAUUCCCUGGUGGUAAGACAGCCCGGUCAUCCCAAAGCGUGCUCCUGGUGGAUGAGGCCCGCCCUGUCGAUGAUGGGCUCUACACUUGUACAGCUCAGAAUCUGCAGGGGUCGACCACAGUCUCCACUCGGGUCAAGGUACUUCCACAGGGAGGCCCAGGUCAAGCCUGAGCAGAGAGACACGAAUACGACUUUCCCUCAGGUUACUGAGAACUACUUUGCAAAAUGGAGAACCGACUGCAAUCGUCUUUAAAUCUCUGCCAUGUAUUUAGAUGAGCAUUUGUUAUUUCUGUCUUAGAAGAGAAGCUGUAUUUUUUUGUUUAAGGUUUCCUUUAUACAUGGAUUCCGGUUAAUUGGGACACAUCAGACUAGAACAUUUUGGCCCAAUUAAGCAGCUGCCCCAAUUAGCUGACAUUUCAUGGAAAUAGUUAAAGGGUAUAAAAAAAAGACAAAUUACCCUUUAACUGAGUAACAAAGUAUGUAUUUAAAUGAAAAACAAAACAAAUUAGAACACUACCAAUACAGUACUAUAAAACCGUGUAUUAGUUCCUAAAAGCUAUUGAUGAAGGAAUUCAUCCAGCGUACACUACUGUGACUUUUUGAUUGACUGUAAAUGAACAAAAUCAGCACAGACACCUAGUGCAGGUAAUGGAAUUUUGUUACGCAAUGUUUUCAACAAUUACAUCCUUGUAGUUCAAGAUUGUUGUAGAUACCUUCGAACUCUUCGUAGUUCCUAUCUUGUUGAAGUGGUGAAAUCAUUUCAUUUUCACUCCCGGCCGUUUCUGGCAUUUGCAAGCUUGAAUGCCUAAAACUGCAGUGAGUACAACAGUUUUGAAUUGUCUUACCGCUUAUUUCUCACCAACUAUCAGUGACAAUAAUUACUGAUUUUUUGAAUACAAACACAUGGAACUGAUGCUAUUUGAAAACUGUUUGCCCUAAGACAUGCCCUAGGGAUGUCUAAUGGCCACACAAGCACAUGUGACUGAUGCUAGUUAGAAACAGUUGAGCAGCAAUCUCCUGCCUAGUUAAGUGGCAUAGUGUCCCAAAUAAACAAAGGGAAUCUGGCCUAUUGUCUUGAUUAGUUUUUGUUCUUUAAGGGUUGUCCCAAAUAAGCAGUUGCCCUACUUAACUGAUGGCCCAAUUAACCAGAAGCACUGUAUUUUUUGAUGUUGGAGCACAAAGCUGAUAUCUGUUGUUAUACAUUGGUCUAUGCAAUGAGCAUUUAUAUGACAAUUAUAUUAAAAGUAGACUAUGCCUCAUCCCUUAUGGAGAUGAAUACCUGCUUGGUAAGAUAAUGAUGUCACUUGUGCCUGCAACUACAAUUCUCAAUGAAAAUUUACAAUAAAGCCUGAGUGGUGACUAAUAUGACAGUGGCAGCAAGCAGUUUUUGUGGCCAGUAUUAUAAUUUCAUCUAGGCACAGAUUCCACUA